AUGACAUCCCUUUCCGAAAAGGACAAGAACAUAGUCCAAACUUUCUGGGCUAAAGUGGCUGGCAGGGAGGAGGACAUCGGUUGUGAUGCUGUCUCCAGGUUGCUGACAGUGUACCCCCAGACCAAGACUUACUUCUCCCACUGGAAGGACCUGAGUCCCGGUUCUGACCCGGUGAGGAAGCACGGAGCAACCGUGAUGGCUGCAGUUACUGAUGCUGUCAGCAAAAUUGAUGAUCUGAUCGGAGCUCUUCUGAGCCUCAGUGAGCUGCACGCCUUCACUCUGAGAGUGGACCCUGCAAACUUCAAG